AUGAAUCCGAGUAGCAACGAGAAGAAGAGAAAUCUGCCUCCGUACGCAGAUGAUAAUGGCUACGAUAUGCCCCCGGCCGGUGCACCGGCGAGCGUAAUGCCGACUAACGUGAUGCCGAAUAACGUGAUGUCGAAUAACGUGCUACCGACUAACAUGGUACAGGCCAACGUUAGCAGCCCCCCCGCCAUGACAAUGCACAACCCUUACUUCUACCCUGGGGCGAUCAUCCCUCAGUACCCCUUCAACACACCCAUGUAUCAGCAGCCCAUGAGCUAUGGCCAUAUGAUGCCUUACGGCGACUACGGUUACGGGAACAAGCGGUUUGGGAAGAGGAAGAAAAAUUAUCACAAUUAUUCACGCCAGCAAAACAGUGGUGUGUCCAUCCUGAAAGAAGCCAUUGUGGACCCCUGGGCCCAACAGUACGCCAAGUACCCAAACAUAAUUUUUGAUUGA